AUGUCUCCAACCGCAACGCCUCUGCAACAAAGGCAGCCGAAACAACUUGUUAGGUCUAAAAACCCCGGCACCGGUGGCAUUGGCUCAGCAUCGACGCCCAACCUCAACUCGCUCUACACGGCACAUUCCCGACUAACUCCCAGCGCUGGGGCCCUUGCGCGCAAAGCUUCCUACGCAGCAUUGACACCUGGCUCGCUGGCCGCCAUUCCCGAUGACAGCGAAAGCUACGCCCAUAGUGUGCUGAACGAGAGUCCAACAUCGCCGCGCAGAAUGGCGCCCUUGACGCCGGGGAGAGGAGGCGCGGGUGACGAUUUCGCUCUUGGCGACACUGUCGACGUGCCCGGCAAUAUGUACGGCACCAUCCGAUUUGUUGGUUCGGUGGGCGGGAGGAAGGGCACAUUUGCUGGCGUCGAGCUGCACUCGGAUUUCGCAGGACGUGGCAAGAAUAGCGGCGACGUUGACGGCGUAUCUUAUUUCACGACUCAUACGCCCGGCGCCGGCAUCUUUGUGCCCGUCUCGAAGCUUUUCAAGCGUGCUUCUUCAUCUGCAGGUGCUUCAAGUGCGUUGAAGAUUGCCAGCCAAAAUACCACCAACUUCACCCCUCCGACCCCAUCAAUACCACAGUUCAGUAAAUCCAUGGGCCCAGGCAGAGCGACGAGUCCCGCCGGAAAGCGACCUAGAGUAUCACUGCCGCGACCCGAAUCGCCUGUACGCCGACUCCAGCUAAACCCUGCUACACGACCGACCAUCGCAACUCCAGCUACGAAGGGACCGCCUCGCUAUGGAAGUCCUUCUCUCAAUAACAAAUUCGCACAAAGCGUGCGUGGCACUGCUGGCGAUCCCAAUAAAUUGGGAUCCAGAAUAGACCGGAAGCCUAGCGUAGCUCCUAGAAGCGCAUCUGCACUUGGACCGAUGAACUUCGACGACGAUGAGCCGAUGCCGCUUGUAAACCACACGCAGACGAAUGGAAGUAUUGGGUCUAUCGCGAGCUUGAAGAUGCGUCCAGCCUCGCGUGCUGCCCAUGCAAAUGAGGAGGAAAUCGAACGGCUUAAAACACAGCUCGAGGAUCGAGACCGGCAACUGAAGGAACAAGCUUCAGCCCUUGCUGAGAUGGAAAGCAGCGUGACCGAGCUGACUUCGCUUAUGGAGCAUUCAGAUAUGGGACGACAACGCUCCGACAGCCACCCCGACAAGGACACUUCACAACUUCGAGCGAUGCUAAGAGAGAAGAACGAAAAGAUCGCUAUGCUCACUGCAGAGUUCGAUGCCCAUCGAGCCGACUUCCGCAGUACUAUUGAUACAUUAGAGAUGGCCAGUACUGAGACGCAGCGAGUUUAUGAUGCCAGGAUUCGGGAACUCGAACAGGAGAUUCAUGAUUACCAAGAUCGGGCCGACGAUGUGGACAGUGUGGCGCGCCAGCUGAAACAACUAGAAGAGCUGGUCCAAGAGCUCGAGGAAGGCUUGGAGGACGCUCGACGGGGUGAAGCUGAGGCGCGCGGCGAGGUUGAGUUCUUGCGAGGUGAAGUCGAGAGAACCCGAUCGGAGCUGAGAAGGGAGCGGGAGAAGGCUUCGGCUUCCGCGAACGGAACUGCUAAUGGAGGGGAUGUUUCGAAGGAGCUGGAGAAGAAAGAGGAUGAGAUUAGGGGUCUCAAAGCUAUCAUUCACUCUCUUAGCAGAGACUCCCUUCCGGGCACCGACUCCCCAGACAGGACACCAACGCAACUACAGCGCAAUCUGUCUUUCACCAAAUCCAGGCCUGAAUCGAUUGAGACUCGCAUGGCUAGAGAGAAGCUUGAGAGGGAAGUCCACGAGCUUCGGGCCCUGGUUGACAACAAAAACUCCCGGGAGGAGGAAUUGGAGCGAGAGGUCGAGGCCCUGCGCCGAGGAAGCGCUACUUCGGCUCAGCGCAUCAGCUCUCUGACCAUAGGCAGCACCGGCGAUCGGUCAUCAUACCGUGACUCCAAGGGAACGGUCAUCCUUGCGCGUGAGCCUCGAUCGCCCGAACAUAAGCGCGUGGCCACCCUGGAUACCAUGCCUGAGAGCGAUGCUUAUUCCUCCGUCACCGAGAGUAGCACACUCUGGUGCGAGAUUUGCGAGACCGGAGGCCACGAUAUCCUCACUUGUACAAACAUGUUUGGAGACCAGAAGAAGAGCAGUUCGCUGCCAGCCGUGACUAGCCCAGAUCCCGCUCCGGAGGUUAGCACGAACCUCAAUGUGCCUGGUGGUGACGACGACGACUUUAUCCCUCGUCCUCUAACACCGGUCAAGCCUACUCCGGCGAGUGUGCCGGCGCCAACGAACGUCAAAAUUUUGCCCAACCCAACCGACUCCGGGCCGUUGGCAGGAAAGGACAGCGGUGUCAUCGAUCCAGAGAAGUGGUGUGCGCUGUGCGAGCGCGACGGCCACGAAAGCAUCGACUGCCCUUUGGAGGACGCAUUCUAA